AUGGCUGAUCCAAAAAAGCCAUCGACGGCAUCCUCAUUAUUGUCUACUAAAGGUUCGCUCUUGUCAACAAAAAGUACAACGCUUACCAAUAGUUCAUUGUUACAAGGCUCAAGUCUUUUAUCUUCAUCAACACUUAAUACAACAAGCCCCCUUCUAUCAGGAUCGAGUACAAGCAAACCAUCGAGUCUUUUUACUUCAUCAACGCUGCUGGGAGCUUCAUCCAAACCAUCAGCACCCUCAACCUUAAUAAAUACUACAGUUAAAACAUCUUUUUCAUCGACGCAAUCAAAUACUCCAUUGACAUCAUUAACUUCAUCAUCUCUCUUUUCUACUGCACCUAAAACAUCCUCAUCAACAUUAUUCAACACUACUUCUACGACAUCAUCAUUUCUGUCCACUGCAGCGUUUCCCACUAAUAAUACGUUGCUUGCAUCGUCGAAUUUAAAUAAUCCAUCAUUGUUCACAAGUGAAACAAGUUUAAGCCGAAAACGUAAAGCUGAAACUUUAGAAUCAACAGUUAUAAAUAAAUCAUUGGAACAGGAAACUCCAAAGAAAUCUACAUUAGAAACAAGAAAGACAAGUACAACUGUUACAGUUUCUGUGGAUAAUGAACGCAAAUAUAAUAUUGAGAAUAUUCAACCUGCAGCAAGUCGUCUUGCUAUUGAUUUACAUUGUCAUGUUCCAGCAGCAAAACGUCCUCGUAUUGAUCCAUUUUCUUCAAUUUAUAAUAAACUUGAAAGUGACAAUACCAGCGAUGAUGAUUUCAAUGUUGGCAUUAAAUCGAUCAAAAAAAGUCUUCUGAAUUCAUUGGCUGAUUCAUUAUUAAGUCAACCCGAUCUAAGAAAAGCAACAGAUUCAAAACGAACAGAACUUAUUCGUCUUGCUAAUUUAGUUGUUGACAAAGAUCCAGAAUUUAUUCUUAAAGCUGCACUGUAUACACGAAAUCAUUUAAAUAUUCGUAUAACAGCUAAUUUUCUACUUGCCUAUGCUGCAUAUACAGAACCAUGUCGUAUAUUUUUAAAGAAAUAUUUUAAAGUGACUGUUAAUUUACCAUCGGAUUGGAUUGAAAUAGCUGAACUUUAUCAAACAUUCUUCGAUAGACGUAUUCAUUUCGGUGCAUUGCCAUCUGCAUUACGUCGUGUUAUGGUGAAAAAAUUUGUUGAUUUCGAUAAAUAUCAACUUGCGAAAUAUAAUAAAGAAAAAGCACGUUUAAAAAAAGCAAAAAAAUCAAAUGCAACAACAACUGGUGGUGCUACGCGAGGAAAAUGGGGUUCUGCUCCUGGACGAGGCAGAGGAGCUAGUCGAGGAGGUCGUGGACGUCCAGCAGCUCGAGCAUCUUCAACCGAAUCGAAUAUGAGUGUAACAACAGCAGAACCCAAACCCAGCAAACAAAUAAAGAAAAUACUGGCACAAGUUAGCGAAGACGAACGUGAAACACGCCGAAUGGCAUUUACAUUGAAACGGUUAAUUCGUCAAUUACAUAUCAGUGAGCCAGUCGAACAUGUUUGGUGUCUAUUGGGUAAACGAUAUCCGGAAACAUCGGAACUUUUUUAUCAAUCACGUUUACCUGGUGUAUUCGAAGCAGAACGUGCUAACAAACGUAUGAAAUUACCAACACCGGAAACAUGGGAAACACAGAUCAGUCUUAAAGGCAACAAAGCUGAAGUUUGGGAAAAAUUAAUUGAUAAUAAAAAACUGCCAUUUAUGGCUAUGUUGAGAAAUUUACGAAAUAUGAUUAAAGUUGGCAUUUCUGAAAAACAUCAUCAAUGGGUAUUAAAAAAACUUCAAGAUGAUGGUGCCGUUAUGUACAGUCGCCAAUUUCCGUUUCGUUUCUUCUCCGCAUAUCAAAUAUUUGAUGAACUUGAAGAAGAAUUUAAUAAAUGGUGUGCAGCUAAAGAAACUAUAUCUGGAAUACCUGAUAUUAAAAGUCGACGAUUAACACGAAAAGAAAAAGGCAAAAAGACUGUUUUGACUCCACUGGAAAAAGCCAAAAAACUUGGUUCAAAAGAAAUCAAAUAUGACCCGGCUCUAUUACAACGUUAUAGAAAAGCACUUGAUUGUUCAGUUAAAAUAGCUACUCAGCGUAAUUGUCAACCAAUACCUGGUCGAACAUUUGUCUUUUGCAAUUUAAGUGAAGCCAUGCGUCAACCAUGUCAAGCAGCUAAAGGUUUAGGUAAACCACGAACACGUGCUGAAAUAGGCCUUUUAAUGGGUUUAAUGUGUAAAUCGGCUUGUGAAUCAAGUCAGUUAAUUACUUAUAAAACAAAAGAUAGUUAUACUGAAAUUGAACAAACACCACAAGACACAAUACUCAAUCAAAUGACAAAAAUUUUAGAGGUUGAUCAAUUGACAACAACAUCAUUAUCAGCAACAUCCGACGUUUGUAUACCGCCAGCCUUUCUUACCAAUAUGAUUGCUGAAAAACGAUGGUUUGAUAAUAUCAUUAUUGUUUCCGAUGGAUUGAAAGCUGAUACAGCUGAAUCAGAUUUUGUUUAUCGAUUUCUUUCACUUUAUCGUUAUUUAGUCAAUCCUGAACUUAUGUUUGUUAGUAUUGAUUUAAGUAUUGCUCAAUGUUCACUAUCAAAAUCCGAUCGAUUUAACAAUCGAAAUGAUAUAUUUCUUAGUGGUUUUUCUGAUGCAAUAUUACAAUUUAUUGCUGAACGUGGUAAUGAUGGACAAUUGUUACAUGUUGAAAAUAUGGAUAAUGCGCAUGGUCUUAAUAAAAUCGAUGAACAGAAAAAAGAUUCACAAUCAACAACUGACUCAUCAAAUGAUCAGCAAUCAAAAAUAUCAACAGAUAUACCAAUGACAACAUUAGUACCACGUUGGCGUACGGUACGUGUAUUUAUAUCAUCGACAUUUAAAGAUAUGCAUGCUGAACGUGAUAUUUUAACGCGUUAUGUUUUUCCUGAAUUACGCCAACGAGCGAAAAGUCUUUUCGUGAAUCUCUAUCAAACCGAUCUUCGAUGGGGUAUAGCAGAAAGUCAAUCGAAUCAAUCAGUUUACUUAUGUCUCAAUGAAGUAUAUCGUAGUGAUUAUUUUAUUGGUAUGGUUGGUGAACGUUAUGGUUAUAUACCAAAAUCUUAUGAUGUUCCAAAGGAUGAUACACGAUUUAAAUGGCUAGAAACAUUACCAAUAGGAUAUAGUAUAACAGAUUUAGAGAUACAAGCCGGUGCAUUUAAUCAAUCGGCAUCGAAAAAACAAAAUCGAGCAUUUUUCUAUCUUCGUAAUCCGAAAGUUAUUCAAGACAUUCCUAAACCAUGGUCUGAUGAUUUCACUACUGAAGAUAACCAUUCAAGAAUAAAAAUGAAUAAUUUAAAGCAACGUAUACGUGCAAGUGGCUUUGAAACAUUUGACGAGUAUCCAUGUUCAUGGCAAGGUGUAUCCAAUGAUCGACCACUUGUUACUGAUCUUGAACAAUUUGCACAACGUGUUAUUGAUAAUCUAUGGACAUCGUUACAAGAAGAAUAUAAACCUGAAUAUGUUCUCUUAGAUGAUAAUGAUCUCGAAGAUACUCAACAUCAACAAUAUCGUCUUUCAUUUAUGGAACAUUUUGUUAGUCGAAAUAAAAUGCUUCAAGACACAAUUAAAGGUAUUAGUAAAGUAUCUGUUAUUCUUAUUACAGGGCAGCAAGGUUCAGGUAAAACAGCUGCGAUAGCUGCUAUCGCAAAUAGUAUUAUGUCACGUGUGAAUUCAAAUAUUAAAUUAUAUGAACAUUAUGCUGGGAUUACACGUGCAUCAUUGAAUAGUCUUUCUAUGCUUCGUCGUUUACUUUGUCAAAUGAUAAAUGAUCAUUCCGAAUUAGCGAGUCAAUUUCCUAUUGAUCAAAUUCGCACAAGUUCAUAUACAGAUCUAUGUAAAAUUCUAUACGAUUUUCUUCGUAUGAGAAAAAGUCUUUCAAAUAUUGUUAUUUGUAUUGAUGGCGUUGAACUACUCGAUAACGAAACAUUAGUUCAUACAUUAAAUUUUAUUCCAAAAGAUUUCAAUUUUGAAAAAACAACAUUUAUUAUUAGUGCUACUGAAGGUAGUAAUGUUGAAGCAGCAUGCAAAAAUCUAUCUAAUACAUUAGCUAUUGACAUAACAAAUCUUGAAAUACUUGAACGUAGUGAAAUCGUUCGUAAACAUCUUGAUCGUUUUGGUAAGAAAUUAGAUGAACAUGCAUUUUCAUCACAAAUGAAAUUCAUUACUGGAAAACGUGAUUCAUUUAAACCGUCGUAUUUAACAUUAAUAUGUGAAGAACUGUUAUUAAUGACAGAUUAUGAAAAGAAAAUCACGGAAAAAUUAAAAGCAAUUCCACAACGACAACAUUUAUUUUUACUGGAAAUUUUCAAACGACUGGAAAUACUCUUCGGCGAAACAUAUGUUGCAACAAUCUUCGGUUUACUUUAUUCAGCACGACAAGAUUUAACCGAACAAGAAUUACGUGAUUUACUCAAUAUUUCAUUUGAUUCAUCGAGAACUUUGCCUCCACCAGAAAAUUAUACUUACCCGAUAACGACAACAUCUUUACAGUUAGCAGAUUUCAUUUACAAUUGUCAUAUUUUAUUGAAACCACAAUUCUUUGAUGGACCACAAACCGUUUCCAUAGCAUCAAAUGAAAUUCGACAACUAGUGAAAACACGUUAUAUACAAUCGAAUGAACAACAAUGUAAUAUCUAUAGAUUGCUUUCUUUCUAUUAUUGGUGCGAGGCAGCCGGACCUCAAUGGACAUCAAUGAAUAUUAAAGCAUUUGAACAUUUACCAUUUUAUUUAUAUGCUGCCGACGAACCUAAAUUAUACUAUUCAGUAUUAACGGACCUUAAAUUUCUAGCUGGUAAAUGUCGUGUCGGCCUUGUUCACGUAUUAAUUGAUGAUUAUGAAUUAAUUAAAACUGCAUUACCAAUUUCAACUAGUAAACCAAUCUCUUCAUUUAGUAGAACAAAACCAAACGUAUCAAGCAAUGUAAAAGAUCGACAAGAAAUCAAUGAAUUUUUUCUACAACAAUACCGUUCAUUUAUUCAACGAAAUAGUCACAUUCUAGCUAGUACUCCGUCGUUGAUCUAUCAACAAGCAUUAAAUGAAUUAGAAACGAGUUCUGUUUUUGUUAAUAUUCAACAAAUACUUUCUAAUUAUCAGAAAAAUUCAAUAAAUAAUGAUGAUCAUAUUACGGCAUUCGUUCGUAUUAAUAAACCAGAUAAUAUGGAACAAAUGAAAUAUUCAAUUGAAGCUUUUGCAGAACCUAUUCGAUGUUUAUCUGUAUCACCAUCAGGUAUGUUUCUAGCUGCUGGUUCUGCUGAUUGUUUAGUUCGUCUUUAUAAUACGUCAACAUCUCGUUUAUUAAAAUUAUUUGUUGGUCAUGCUGCACCCAUAUCAGCUGUAUGUUUUGCUGGUAAUGAUCGUCUAGUAAGUGGUAGUGACGAUGGUGGUUUAUCGAUUUGGGAUGUAUCAAAUGGUCAUCGUUUAAAUAUACUUACACCAACACAUAAUAAACGAGUUUCAGAACUAUGUUCAAAUCAACGUGGUACACAAUUUGCUUCAGUUUCAUGGGAUUCAUAUGUUCGUAUAUGGGAUUUACAAAAAGGUCGACAAGAAACAGAAAUACGUUUACAUCCUAAACCAGUCUCAAGUGUUGCAUUUCAUCCCGAUGGUUUCAUGUUAGUAACUGGUUGUUGGGAUGGUAUUGUUCGACAAUGGAAUGUAGCUACUGGCCAACGUAAAUCCGUUAUGCGUGGACAUUUAAGUUCAAUAAAAGCUGUUGCUUAUUCUGCUGAUGGCCGUUAUAUUGCAUCGUGUUCAAUUGAUGGUGAAUGUCGUUUAUGGAAUGCUUUAACUGGUAGUCAAGUUGGUCUCAUAUCAGCUCGUAUAAGUUCAAUUUAUUUUUCACCCAAUGGAUCAACAUUAGCAUCAGCAGGUAACGAUGGUCGUGUACGAGUAUUUUCAUCGACUAUUGGUCAAUGCCAAAUGAUUAUUUCUAAUGAAACAUGGGGCUCUGUAUCGAAUAUAAUAAUUCAUCCCGAAGGAGAAUAUAUUAUUGCUGGAUAUCAUUCGGGUUCAAUACGAAUAUUCGAUAUACAAAAUGGUACUACCGAACAAGAACUUCAUUAUCAUCAAGGUCGUAUUCAUCGUCUUGGAUUUGCACCAUCAUCCGGAAACAUUCUUAUAUCAGCAUCGGGUGAUAGCUGUUCACGCAUUUACGAUUUGAAAGAUUUAGGUACACGUACUGAUCUUCGCGUUCAAACUGCAACACUCAAAGGUCACACAGCAGCUGUUCUAUCAUGUGCUAUUGGUACAACGAAAAUCAUCGCAACAGGUUCAGAAGAUGCAACCGUAUGUAUUUACGUAAUAUCACAAUAUUUUGAACGUUCAUCAUAUGAACCAACUCAAAUUGUAACUGAACAUCGUACACCAGUAACAGGUAUAGCAUUUAACAAUGAAACAAAUCAAUUGAUAACAGCUAGUCGUGAUGGUCAAGUACAUAUAUGGGCUAUCAGUCGAUAUUCAACCAAAUCUGUUGUAACACUUUCGAAUACACUUGCUCAUUGUCAUGCUGAUUGGAUUAAUGAUAUUGCUUUAUCCAAUACAAAUAAUGGUUUGCUUGUAACUGCAUCAAAUGAUAAUACAUUAAAAAUUUGGAAUACUCUACCGAAAGUAGCAAAAACUGAUGGCGAUUCUAUGGAUGUUGUUUCAGCUGAGGUUGAAGAAGCUCGUGUAACACUUCGCGGCCAUCAAGCUUCGGUUAAUGCAGUUUGCUUUUCAUAUGGUUGUGUUGUUUCAGGUUCAUUAGAUAAUACUGUUCGAGUAUGGUCUCAUAAAGGUACUGAAAUAACAUGUUUACGUGGUCAUACAGAAAAAGUAACUUCAUGUGACUUAUGGGUAAAAUUGAAAGGUGUCGAUUAUAAAAAUGAAAAGGAUACAGAUUCGAACUGGGGAAAUAUAGUCGAAGAACAAGAACGAGGACUUUCACGUACAACACAUACAGUUGAUACAAUGCUUGUUGUUAGCGCAUCAGAAGACGGUUCAGUACGUAUAUGGCGUCCAACAGAUCCUGAACAGCGUUGUGUUUAUGAUGCACAUGCACAACCAUUGAAUGAUAUUGUUGUUAGCAAUGAAUCAAUUCUAACAUCAUCACUUGAUAAAACAGUGCGUUCGUGGCAAAUUCCAAUGAAUGCAUUUACAAAUUAUGAUUCAACAUCAUCAGCAAUGACACCUCAAAUAGCUCAACCGGUUAGUCAUUUAGAUGAAGUUACAUCGAUUUGUGUCUCGCGUGAUAAUUCUCUUGUUUUUACUGUUUCACGUGAUGCACAUCUAUUCAUUUGGUCAUUAUUAUCAACGAAAAAUGAUGAUUACGAUAUGGAUACAGACAUGCCAAAGACUAAAAUGUCUAAACAACCGUUUCAUAUUAUACAAUCAAUCAAAGCACAUGAGGAAACCAUUCUUGGUAUGGCUUUAGUUCGUUCUGACGCUCAACAUCAUUGUCUUGUAACUGGUUCGGUUGAUAAAAAAAUAAAAAUUUGGACAGUUACAAAUAAUAAAAACGAAGAUAAAUGUUCAAUAAAACGUUUAAAAACUGAUACAACAAUAAGUGGACCUGUUUCAUUUGUUGCCGGCCAAUAUGACAUGCCAUAUUUUGUUGUUGGUGAAAAUCAAUCAUUCGAUUCGCUUACAUUCCAUCUUUAUUCAUCAUCUUCAUUGGAACGCUUAAAAACAUAUAAGACAGCAACAUGUCAUUGGCCAUUAUCAUCUUUCCUAACAUUAAAUGAAAAUAACCAUUGCAUUUUAACAAUUGGCUCGACAAGUCAUGAACUAUGCUCAUAUGAUUUAUCAUUAGUUCAUUCAACAGAUAGCAAAUUAUUUGCAUCUUACACAUCGAAAAUUGAAUAUCGAACAUCAGUUCCAUCGGAAUGGAUAACAUCAAUUGAAAGUCUUGAUAACAAACAAAUAUUUUACUUGGGUACAACAAAUGGAAAUCUUUUUUCGACAUCAAACUUAUUUAGUGACAUACAAACAUGGAAUAGAAGUCGUAUAUCGUCAAAACCACGAGCAAUUACAGGCCUGUGUUCGAUCAAUAAUGAAUUUAUAUUUACAAGUGGCCACGAUAAUGUCAUUCGAGUACAGUAUAGAAAUGAUCAUUCAAAAUUGAUGAAUACAAAUGAUAAUGAUUCAUCAGUACAUGAAGAUAUAGACGAUAUCCUUGGACAAUAUCCUGUACCAGCGCCUAUUACACAAAUGCGUGCGUGGAAACAAAGUAACAAUGGAAUAUUUGGUGUUGUAGCCGGUGAUACAUUAGGCAAUCUCUAUCUUAUACAGUGGUAUUCGUCUUGA